UGUAUACUCUUUGAUUGGUGCCAGCAGUCCCGAGGCGUUUACGCUGUCUGCCAAUGCCUGCUACAACAGUGAAACAUUAGCUUCACACAAACACUGACGAGAGGCGCAGCUGGCUGCAAGAGACCGUCAACUCUGCCACAAAUCCACACUUAUUUCCCCGUCAUUAUGCUGCCUCUGAAGUCGUGAAUGUAUAACCACCCUCGCCAAAACAAUGGCAGGUGUCCUGAAGCGGAAGUUUGCAGCGGUUGAGGAAAGCCCCAGCUACUCAGGCUCUUCCUCCUCUCCACCAUCCUCUUCACCCACAUCUUCAGAGUGCGAGUCCGACGGGGAGAGCAGCUCCUCCGAGACGCAGGAUUUUACGCCCCACAGCCCCUCUGCGCCCACCAGCUUACCCGUCGGGUCCAUUGUGAAGAAGCCGAGGCUGGUCAAGAGGCAGUGUCGUGUGCGCUUCGACCAAGUUGCUGUUUUCAGUUUCCCUCGCUGUCAGGGCUUCACCAGCGUGCCCAGUCACGGCGGUGCCACCUUGGGCAUGAUGCGGCAGCACAGCAGCCUCCACAAGUACACGGUAGCAGAGCAUGCAUCGGAGCAACGGCGCCGGCGUCGGCAAAGGCACCUGCUCAGAUUAGGAGAGGAGAGAUUUGAUGCAUCCAAACAAAAUCAGAUCGCCAAUGAGGCUGUUGGCCAGGACGAAGCGGGUCCACUCACAAGAGACCCCCAAGUGUCCGCUGAUGACGGUGACGUCCACAUCGGUGAGGCGGAGCUGGACGAUAGAGGCUCCGUGCAGCCAUAUUCAUCCAGGCAGCGGCAGGGCCUCCCCCCGGCACAUGGGGGUAGAGACCCGGCCUGCAGCUUGGCGGGCAUCAAGUGUCAGGUGGACCGCUUCAGCUUUCCAUGUGGCUGCACUAAGGACGGCUGCGGAAACACCGAGGGAUACGUGGAGUUUGACUCCAAACGUGUGCAGACACAUUACAUCCACACCGUCAUGCGACUCGAUUUAGAGCGGCGACUGCGAGCUGAAACGACAAGCCUCGCAGACCAGUCGAUACUUUCAGAAGAGCUUGUGGAGUCUCCAGAUCUGAGUGAGACUCAUCCUGUGAACAAUGAACCAUUCAAGACGUACCCUUUUGGUUUUUCCUUGGAAGAAGAUGAUCUUGCGCUGAGCAUUGCCACCGGCCCGACGUUUAAUUUCCUGCCGGCGCGAACAGUGGUGGAAGAGAGCAGCUGCAGUAGUGACAUGACUGAGUCCUCCAGCUCUUCCGCUGAUUGCAAUGGUGGGCAACUUCCUGCCAAUCAUGGAGGUGCGCCUUGCAGCCUCAGCAUCUGUGAUUCUGAAAAUAAUAACUACUCGAUGUGUCACCAACUGAGACUUAUGGCAGCACCGCUGACCCUGAGCAGCAGUUGUGAGUCAAACGGGACAACUGACAGAAUGGGAGCACUUUCGGCCAACUCCUUCGCAGACAAUCAAAGCUCAGUCGCAGCGACAGAUUAUCUCGAUGAAAAUGCAAACCAAGCAAGAGACCCCAUUGACAAUGAGGAUUCCCUUGAAGACUAUCCAAACACUCCCUCCCCUACUGUGGACUUUUCCUCCAGCAGGUACAUGGACCUGAGUCUCUCUUCGGAGUCUGACCUGGAGUUCUUUGACAGCGACUAUCCUUCUGGGCCAUUUCGCAGCUCGUUCAAAGAGCACAGACACGCAGACAGCUUUCAUCACCCCCAGCUGAUGAGCUCAGUUUAUUUGCCACAGUGUGAAUCAAGCACCUACCUCCUGGAGUCUCUGAUUGGCCUGACUGAGCCGAGCGCAGAGCAGGUUUAUGAUCACCAACUUUGAAUUGAAAUGAUUGUGUCGGAGAGCAAUUGAUAGAGUUGUUAUGAUUUCAGUGCUUUUUCUGAUGUUAAAAUUUCCAUUUUCUUUUUAUCUAUUACUGUAAUCUUUCAGUGAAGUCCAUAGACUUGUAUUUCUAAUGCAAUUUUUUUUCAAAGUUUGACUUAUUUACUUUCCAUUUACAGGUAUACUAUGGCCAGAAAAUGAAUGAUUCCUAAUAUGGAAAUUAGGCCAUAUGUGUAUGAACCACUUGGAGCAUGAGCAUCUGUCUUAAAAUAUAAACAAAUUAUUAUAAAUAUUUUGGUAACUGGCCAGAUCACCACUUUAUAUAUGAAGCUAUGGAAAAACUGUUUACCUUUGUGUCGGUUAGGUUAGUCAAUGUCAUGCCUGGUAAUAAAAUUGCUUUUUACAUGCCUUCCAAUAUAUUUAUGUACUGUAGUAAUAAAUGGAAGUGUUUAUUUAUUAAAUCACUGAUCUCAA